UUUUUGUUUUAUCAGAUGUCGACCUGCAGACACAGAUCGAUGCCUCACUGGCGAUGCCAGCCACUUACCAGACCCUUUGCGCACGUGCUCAUUUGGCCCAGCAGUGUUGCGGCCUGGCACGUGAGCAGACGAGGAUCUGCGAGAGGCUGGUCCACGAUCAGCAUCUCCAGCAACAAGGCUGGGCCGCAGUAGUCGCCAAUCUCGAGGACAUCACGCAUAUGUUUCAAUCACGAGCCGAGCAGUUCCAGCAAGCCUUCGUCCUGUACCUCGCCGAGAGACAGCAGCACAUGAAGCUCCUUGAUAACUUCAGCGCUGAUCUCGGCACUCUUGCAAAAAUUCCAAUUUUACCGGCCUUGAGAGCUCAAGCCGAGGGCUUGUUGAGUCCGGAUGAUCAACCGAGUCAAACUUCCGAAACUGCAUCGGAGGACAGUGGGGAAGUACUAAGUCUGUUACGAUGGAUCUCUGCGAAAGACAAUCAAAGCAGCCUAGAGCAAGUGGCAGAGCAAUGCUCGCGUGGCCUGGAGCAGUUCGAUGAACGAUUGAUGCAGGCCUUGAAGGCAGAAGUGAACGGGGCUGUCGAUAAUGCUAAUAAGCAGGAUAUGAAGGAGAUUAAGGGCCUAGGCGAGAGGCUAUUUGCCCUGGAACAGCUGAUGGUGCAGACCAAGAGACUUGUUCACGAACAAGGUGAGCUUGCUCAAGGUUUCCUGCAGAAUCAGAAUCGCGCGAGCAAUUUAGGCGAUGCGAGCGUUCUGCCAGAUCUUUGCAAUUCUCACCGGCGGCAAUUGCUCGUCAUGUUGCAAAAUCACAAUCAGCUGCGCGACAUCCGCCGCAGAUGCACCAAGGCGAAGGAAGAGUUGUCGGUGAAUAUCUAUCAUCGCUUGAAGUGGAUCAUGUACGUGGAGAAUAAGAUGGUGGAAGUGGGCAACAAGUUAAUCAUAUAUCACGAGAGCCUGAAGCGGUUGCGACGGCAUCUGGAGGUGCUCCAACAGAUCCACUUAGCUCCGCAGAUGUAUAUAAGCGCGGUGGUUGAGGUUGUUAGAAGGCGCACCUUCUCGCAAGCUUUCCUCGUAUGGGCAAGCAAUCUGGCGUGCCAGCUGUUGACUGUUCACAGCGAAGAGUUGGCACGUAGGCGAGAGUUUCAGAGCAAAUUUGACGGCCACUUCUUGAACACUCUCUUCCCAGGUCUGGAGGACACACCACCGCCUUUUGCAACGCAAGCACCUUCCGUUUUUGACAACGGGUUACCUAAGCUGACCGCGGACGACAUGGAGUCAUUGCGAUCGCAGCUUCCGGAUUUGGCGCUUACAAUUUCUACGCCGGAUUUGAGCAGCAUAACGCAAUUCUUCUUAUCGAAAAGCUUCACCGAAGGUAGUACCGAUGGUACCAAGGAGAAAGACACCACAUCGGUGAGCACUGAUAUUCCCGCAAAGGAACAAGAACGCACUAGAGCGCCAUUGUUAUCUGAUAGGGGCGAUUUUGAAUCUGAAACUGAUACGGAGGAGUUCGAGAAAAUUGGUCAAGCCGGUGUGGAAGUAACCAAGCCUGGCGUGUUCGACGGGGCGAAACAGAAACGGCAGAAGCAAUUGGAGGUUGGUGCCUCUCGAAGCGUGUCCCCCGCUUCCUCGACCUCAACUAACGUCUCCCCGUUAAACUCGAAAGUCGCGGAUUUAACAACACGUUCGACCACAUCAAGCGAACCCGGCUCUUUCCAAUUUCCCAGUCUAUCCGCCACGAGCGAGCGUCCGGUGCAGCUAAGUCCGCUGACCGAGUGCGUGGAGAACGGCGCCGCCGAUUCUUCCAGUUGUUUGCUUCGCAGAGGCGUGAACGGUCUGUCGAAUUAUCGUGACGCUAUACCGCUCGAGGAGCAACAUUCCCUGAGUCCGAAUCCUCCUUCCUUGCGGUCCUCCGUCAUGUGCGACGGCCAGCAUCAGCAACAUCAGCAUCCGCUAUCCGGUAGCGGAGGUAGCAGUCCCUCCGUCGGUGUAGGUGCUACCGACUUCAUGGGUACGGAAUUUUAUAUGGAUGAAUCUCUGCCGAGCAGCCUCAGCGAACAUCCCGCCGACGGCCAGCAUCAGGCUAUCGUGUCCCUCCUUCAGGAGAAUCUCGGUAAUACGCGUGAGGAAGUGGAAAGGUUGCGUUCUAUCCUGAAGACCAUGAAAACGGUUGUAUGCGAGGAGCUCAGUUCCGUGCGGAAUGAAUUGGCGAUUCUGCGAAAUCAAUCUAACGAGGACAAGAAUGGCAUCGUCGAGAUGACGGAGCGCGUUCGAGUGGCAUUGUCCUUGCACUCGCGAGAGUAUGAUCGACGUCUUCAAGAGCGUGAACAGGAAAUGACAAUCGAGCACGAGUACGAGAUCGCGGAUGUUAAGAAGCUAAUGCAGAGUCGUGAGGAAGAGAUUUGCACGCUUAAGCGUAGUCUUCUUGAAAAGGAAACUGAAUUGGCGGAACACGAGCGACUGGUGGCUACGAUGCGUCAAAAAUUGGAAGACGAGCAAAUCGAGAGGAGGAACUUACAUGAUCGUUUACAUCAGCAACUCGAGGACUAUUCGAGGGUACUAGAGCAAGCGCGCAUAGACAAGGAAGAGGCCGUGAAAAAAUUGAAUGACGAAAGAUUUCUCGAGAUCACUUCUUUAACGAAUUCAUUGACACAAUGUCAGAAGCGAAUUCAAGAAUUAGAGGAGAAUCUGGUCACUGCGCGCAACGAUCAGGAGAGAAUGGUGAAAGAGGCAACUGAUAAAUUGCAAAUGGAAUAUAAAACGGAAUUAGAGACCAUUCGGAGCCGCUUCAAACUUAUGACCGCUUCUACUAUGGAAAGGAGUCCUAGCGAUUCUAGUUUAGAGAAGAUCGAACGAACAGAUGUUAUUGAGCUUGUAAAUCAUGAAGCAAUUUUGGCACAAGCAAGAGAAGACAUGAAGAUUGAGAAUGCUAUGGCCGUCCGUACUGCAAUCAUAAAGGAAAGGGCCGAUUGCAUGGCAAAAUUGGACAACGAAUUAAGAUUGGCGAAGGAAGUAGUCGAAGAGAAAAAUAGGGAAAUAGAAAUGUACAGAAUGAGAACGGCCGCGCUGAUUGAACAGGGCAAACAUUAUAAGCAUACGAUAGAUCGAUUACUUGGAGAUUUUGAACUGAAAUCGGAGAUACAGCAAACUUUGAUGGAGAAGAUGAAAAAUCUUGAAGCGGAUAAGGCAUGUUUGGAGAACAAAGAAAUCGCAGACAAAGCAAUGCGAACGGUUUUGGAACAAAACGAUGAUAUCGUGUAUCCUCUAGAAGCUGGAGUAUGCAAAGACUUGAGCUACGAUCGAUUGGAUGCUGGUCAAAUUCUAGAGGACAUUUUCAAGGAAUCCGAAAAGUAUGAGGUUGAGGUCUCAGAAUCGAAGAAAGUACGAUUAGAAGCUGACGAUGAUGAUCUGGCUCGACUAUCGAGGCGACUUGAAUCUCUCGAAAAUGACAACAAGAGGCUGUCUUGCGAGCUAAAUUCGAUACGCGCCAGUAAAAUAGCGGCCGAAGCAAAAUUAGAGGCAUUAAUGACGGAUAAAAUUCGUUUGGAGGUUGAGUUGCUGAAAGAACGUACCAAGAGGACAUUUGGUAUUGAUCCGAUGCCGGAAAAUCGCGACAAAGACAUGAAUGCGUCGGUCGCAGUAGUUUCGGACUCUAAUUCAAGUCGGGACGCGGCCACGAGUCCAGAACCGACGAGUCGACGAUCAUCUUCCAAAUCAAUGUGCUUCCAUCCCUCCCUUCCCUCAUACAUACAUAAGAAGGUCGCAGAAAAAGUGGCAAAGAUGGUGCAACAAGGAAUUGUGACCGUCACUAGUUGUAAUCCAGGUGAUGUGGUACUCGUAGUCUGGGACGCUGUACAUAGCAAUUAUGCGGUGUAUCAGGAAUCUUCGACUUUUUAUUUCCUUCAUUCGGACUGCGUAGGUGCAGUGGAAGGAAUGAAUCCGAAUGCUUCUCGGAAGUGCGUUCUAGCUGAAGUGAUCGAUAAGGAAUAUUGUCAUGCGAGAAAGCAUGAAAAUCGGUACCACGUCCCACGUGGCACGAAAUUCUACAGAGUGCACGCUAAGCCACGAGAUGCACGUGCGCUGACAGACGAGACGAGUUUGAUGUCAAAGAGUCAACUACCGUAAUUUUACAUUCAGACUGUGUCGAGAAUCCCUUGAUUCUUGCCUAGUACAAGCGCUGUGAUCGAGGAUUUGCGUCGGCAGGCCGCGUUCGUUAAGGGACCAGCGACCCGGAACGCAAAUCCCGAACUUACGUCUCCGCAACCAUCCGGAAACCUCGGAUCUAGGCCAAAACCUGCCAGAGCCUCUAGACGCAUCCUUGAUACCGACGAACGCUGGAAAGGGAGUGAUCUAUAGAAAGAGGUAUGCGCAAGUUGGAUAAUAUGAAAUGAGACGGAAGGAUGCGCCGGCGUUUUAUUGUGAUAUAAAUAAUUUUUAAACGAGUGAAACAUAUUUGCCGAAUGCUGUGGUUAGCUGUGAAGCGUAACGAUAUUUGUAUUCUUCGACUUUCUUUUUUCAUAAAUGAAAAAAAAAUAAAGGAAUGUGAGUGUCGUCGACGAUUCUCUCUUUCGAUAAUUCGAUAGGUCGACUAGUGUGUAUGAGAGAAAGGGAUUGUUUCACUUCAACAUUAGAUGUACAAUGCGGAAAGACGAAAGCGUGUUCAGCUUCCUCUCUCUGCAUUCUGAUAAUUAUGUUUGCGUUGUGUGAGACAAGAAGAUAUAGCUGUAAGUUUUACAAAACCAACAUGUUAUGGGAAUGUGCGAUUUAUAUGUCGUGAAUAUAUGUAUAGU